UGCCUUAUAUCUUCCGGCGAACGAGAGACAGCGGCCAAUAUCACUCAUGGCUGACGAAGCAGCGAAACGACGUGUGCUAAGGAAACAGCGAAUUCUCGGCAACUCCGAGAAUCGUCUGAAACGGAUUUUGAACAAAGAAGGUGAGCUCAAUAGCGAAAAAAAUUAUAUCAUUGCGCAAGGAGUUUCCCUGGGAGCGAGCUUGACCAAUGUUGAAUCGCAGCCGGAGCCUUCCUCGUGGUCGCGGAAUGGACUUGAGCUCGACCCGCUUCAUCCCGAGCUCGGUACGGCGUUUGCGAAUCCCGCCGUAACUCCUCUGUUAUCAGAUCUCACGAGCAAUCUGGACGCAUCGAUAAGGUCCCAGGACUUCGGAUCCGCAGCGUUCUUGGAGCACGCGUCCAAUCAGCAAAGCGAUCUUUUCGCUCCACGACCCCCAUUGGGUAUGGCUGAUCUCGAAAAUGUGAGCGGAGCGAGCAAUCCAAUGGAGCUACUGUGUCGCUUGGCUGCAUCCCUGGAUGGAGCCAAAUCGGGAGCAUCCCAGCAGAAAGUCCUGUAUCAAGGUCCAUCGUGGCUGGUGGACACUUCGAGUCCUUUACGGGUCCUAUUCAUCUUGCUUCUGGGAACCACAUCAAGGUUUCUCAUCCCCUCGCUGCCAAUAGAUUUCGCUAUUCUCUUCGGACCGCUGUACAUUUUGGAAGUUCUGCUGAUUUCGUUGUACUUCGUGUACAAAGCUCCAUUCGAACAAUCCUCGAUGUCAACAUUGUACAGUUUACUGUUGCUUUCCGGUAUCCAUUCCAAAAUAGUCAGUACGGCAAAGACGUUAUCCGUCUGUAUAGAAACCACUCUCCGGGACUUGGUGGUCUACUCUUUCUCUUUCUUCAUAGCGCACGCCUUGUGCCACCAACUGAGAGUUUUCGAGGCUCAGAUUCCGAUGUAAAUCCUUAGGCUCCUAUAUAUAGGUAAUUGAUGGAGACACGCCAAGCCCCCCGCAGCCUAUUCAAUAAAAGGGAGAGGAGCCAUCAUGAGUUUCAUCU